AUGUUUUGGAAACCACUCGCUUGUGCUGCUGCUGUCUUCUCUGUUGUUGCUGCUGACCCGGCUCCAGAGUCUCACGACUCGCCUGUUGGCGCUUCUUAUAGAGCUAAAUUCGAUAAGGGCGUUGAAGGUUAUGUCAACUUUUCAUCCAAGAAUGGCUCUGUCCUUGUGGAUGUAAACCUUUCUGGUUUGCCUGAUUACGGUGGUCCGUUCAUGUACCACAUUCACGAGUUGCCUGUGCCCUCUGACGGUAACUGUACUGGCACCAAGGCCCACUUUAACCCAUACAAUGGCCACGAGAAGGCUCCCACGCCUGCUGAGUUGGAGGUGGGUGACCUUUCUGGAAGACACGGCGAGAUUGAGACCCAGUCGUUUGAAACCUCGUACAUUGACCCAUACCUCUCGUUGAACCCAGAUAACGAGGCUUUCUUUGCUGACUUGUCGGUGGUGGUGCACUUGCAUAACACUACGAGAAUUGCUUGUGCCAACAUCACCAAGGAGUUUUCCAUUCCUGAGGAGAACGCCGCUGCCAAGCCUAUGGCCAUGGGUGCUGUCGCUUUGGUUGCCGGUGCCGCUUUGAUUUUGUAA